AUGGGGGGCACACGUGAGACGCAGACUGUGUUCGUUAUAACUUCUGCCCUGCGAGUGCCCUCUGGAUGCCGUGAAAACACAGCCUUUAACCCACUGGGACCCGGCGCCAUUGUGAGGGUUGUCCGUGCCGAUGAGGGACAUUGCUCCACCGUAGGACCUCCUGGGACCCGUGUGUCCACUCUGCAGUACGGCUCCCUUUGGAAGACUUGCCCACUGGCCACGAUUGCAGGCACCCACCGCGACCGCUGGCAUCUCAAGUGGCUGAGCCAUGGGGCGCCCUCUUGGAUCCGCUCCAACCUCGAUGGCCUCCUCUUUGUGCCUCCUGAACCCCAGCCUUGGAAGUCAGGGACGGGGACCUUCGGGCGCGUGCACCUGGUGAAGGAGAAGGCUGCUAAGAACUACUUUGCCCUCAAGGUCAUGAGCAUCCCCGAGGUCAUCCGCUUGAAGCAGGAGCAGCAUGUUCACAACGAGAAGUCGGUCCUCAUGGAGGUCAACCACCCCUUCCUCGUCAAGCUGUUCUGGACGAGCCACGACGAUCGCUUCCUCUACAUGCUGAUGGAGUACGUGCCGGGCGGCGAGCUCUUCAGCUACCUGCGCAACCGCGGCCGCUUCCCGUGCAGCACGGGCCUCUUCUACGCCACGGAGAUUGUGUGCGCCAUCGACUACCUGCACUGCAGGGACAUCGUCUACAGGGACCUGAAGCCCGAGAACAUACUCUUGGAUCGGGACGGCCAUAUCAAGCUCACGGACUUCGGGUUCGCCAAGAAGCUGGUGGACAGGACGUGGACCCUCUGCGGGACCCCCGAAUACCUCGCCCCUGAAGUCAUCCAGAGCAAAGGCCACGGGCGGGCCGUGGACUGGUGGGCGCUGGGCAUCCUCAUCUUCGAAAUGGUGGCAGGGUUCCCCCCGUUUUUUGAUGACAACCCCUUUGGCAUCUAUCAGAAAAUUCUCGCAGGGAGGAUAGAUUUCCCGAGGUAUUUGGAUUUCAGCACAAAAGACCUCAUUAAGAAAUUGCUGGUGGUGGACAGGACCAAGCGCCUGGGCAACAUGAAGAACGGCGCCAAUGACGUCAAGCAGCACCGGUGGUUCCGCGCUGUGGACUGGGACGCUGUCCCCCAGAGGAAGCUGAAGCCCCCCAUCGUGCCCAAGUUAGGCAGCGAUGGCGACACCUCCAACUUUGAGACGUACUCUGAGAACGACUGUGAGACGACUUCCCCGGUGUCGGAAAAAGACUUGGAAAUCUUCAAGAACUUCUGAGGAUAGGAACGCACACUUCCGGAAGGAACACGUCAGCCUGCCCAGGACCAAGAACUGCACCUCCGUCAGCCCCGAAGAAAUGCUCUCUUGGUGCGAGGAGGACUUUGUGCACUUAUGGACGCCCAACUGUAUACAAAGGUCGGGGGGCAGUUGAGAUUUCACGGACGGGGCAAUUAUGGAAGCGACUGGAACCUUCUCCUGCGCCGCAGGAAACGGGUUGUGGGGGUUUUUAAUCGUAACCUGUUAGCAGCUGUGCUUCUACUGUGCAGUUGGGUGGUUUUCUUGGACUCGAGAACUUGCAACCAGACCCGCAGGCUCGUAACCACAGGUUGUGCGUGCCUGAGUGUGUGCGUGAGUGUGUGCGUGCGUGUGUGCCCGCGUGUAAGGGCUUCUCCUUGGCCAAGCCUAUUCUUUUCAGCUUUUAAAAAUCCUUUGAAAAACAAAUGGGUCGCCUCGGAGACAAAGCUCAAGUCUAUGACGGAUGCAUUUUAAAAAAAAAAAAAAAUCCCCUUAAUUCCGUCUAUGCAUUUUAUAGAUAUUUAUGGAGUUUUUUCUUCCAAAUCGAAUGGGACUUUCUCUCUGGAUGCUUUAGACUUUGGAAAUGCAAAACGGAGAGGGUGCGGAUUGGAGCAGCCGGAGAUAUGUUAAAGUUUUGGAAUGCAAUCUCGAUUUUCCUUUUUUUUUUUUUUUUUAAAUGCCUUUGGGGGAUUGAACCCGCUGUGCCUGAGCUCCACGCUCGGCCCCCAUCUCUGAACGGUUCAUCAGAGAAGGUUCCGGACUUAGAAGAUAAUGUCUCCUCCCUGGCCUUUGCCUCCCAGACUCAAUCUAUUGAUUCAUUUAAUAAUUAAUCUGUUAGAAAUAAAUCAGCCAGAGCUGCCUGUGUACCUGGAGUGUCCCCUGUGAACCCGGUAACAAAUGGCACCUGGUCACAUGAGUCCUGGGGACUCCCUCAUUUUUUGUGCCAGGGAUUCAACUCAGGGGUGCUAAACCACAGAGCCCCGUCCCCAGCCCUAGUUUGCAUUUUAUUUAGAGACAGGGUCUCCCUGAGUGGCUUACGGCCUCCCUUUGGCUGAGGCUGCCUUUGAACUCACGAUCCUCCUGCCUCAGCCUCCCGAGCCUCUGGGACGACAGGUGGGUGCUUCCGCACCUGUCUAGGUUUUUAUUUUAUUUAUUUUUUUAUCCACUCAUUUAAUACUGGGAAAAAAAAAAAAUCCAAUGUGCAGGAUCCAUGAGAUUGCAGUCAGCGCCCCCAACGAUGCAGAGCAAGUUAGACACUAAGAGGAAAUCCAGCAGCAGGGGACGCUGUUACCGCCAACGUUGACAGAAGCCCGAGGGGCACGUGCCUUGUCUAAGGACCGGGGUAGAGACCCAUGUCGUUGACCCCAGUGACGCGCACGGAACCCCUGCUUCAUCUCAUCCCCAAAGAGCUGACUCGGUGGGGGAUUUCUCUUUGCAAAAUUUCCCCAUGGGCAUCCGACCUCAUCCGGGUGCCGAGAGUCAAAAUGAAACCCGUGCAACUUUGUGUCUGCAGAAGGCCCAGGGGAGAUGUUGCUUUUUAUUUAUUUAUUUUUCUUUUGUGAUUUAUGAACUGGCAGGAUCAGGUGAUCCCAACUCACUGUUUCAAAACGCCCCCCGGCGUCACCCACGUUGCCUGCAACCUUUGGGACCAUUUCAACUGUGAAACCGGCUCAGGACUGUUCAGAGUGGACCCCAAGCCUUCACGGCCCAGGCGCCGGGGGGGGGGGGGGGGGGGCACCACACCCAGGACUUGCAGAUGGGCCCCCUCCCCACAGCCCACGUCUGUCAAAGUCACUGGGUCGACAAAGUGCUUUUCCGAGCAUGUCCACAUUUUUUUUUUUCCUGUCGAAUUUGCUUUUGCAAAAACCACUGAGUCUCGUGUCCUCCCGGGACCCUCCUCCCUGAGAACAGGAGGACGCCCUGUGUGUGUAUUUUUUUUUUUUUUUUCUUAAAUAAGUUUUCAUGUUGUAAACUCUGUUCACCGUGCAGUUCGAUCCUUUUGUGGAGGGGUCUGUUAUUUAAGUUAAAAAAAAAAAAAAAAUCACUCUACGACGUGCAUUUAAACGGGUGGGAUGGGAAGCCCUUCCGCAGGCCGAUCUU